CCCCCCUGUGUGGUAUUUCAUCAGUAAACAUCCUGCGGAUUUGAACGCGCGAUUUGGGCGGCAGGAAGGGGCGAGGCCGCCAUCUUGUUUGUUUGAGUGGAAGUGGCAGCGGCUGAGCCCGAGUGAAGGAGGGGGAGACACGGAGCGGCCUCAGCGGACGGCGGCGCCAGCAGCACGCGGCGGUUAGUCCUCUGUGGCUCCAGUAGCGUGGGAAGAUGUUUUACGCACACUUUGUUCUGAGCAAGAGAGGGCCGCUAGCCAAAAUUUGGCUGGCGGCCCACUGGGACAAGAAGCUGACUAAAGCCCAUGUGUUUGAGUGCAACUUGGAGAGCAGUGUGGAGAGCAUCAUCUCGCCGAAGGUAAAAAUGGCUUUGCGUACUUCUGGGCAUCUCCUUUUGGGUGUUGUCAGAAUCUACCACAGGAAGGCAAAGUACCUCCUCGCUGACUGUAACGAAGCUUUCAUCAAAAUAAAGAUGGCCUUUCGGCCUGGUGUGGUGGACUUGCCUGAGGAAAACCGAGAAGCCGCAUACAAUGCAAUUACUCUGCCAGAGGAAUUUCAUGAUUUUGACCAACCGUUACCAGAUCUAGAUGAUAUUGAUGUGGCCCAGCAGUUCAGUCUCAACCAGAGUAGAGUGGAGGAAAUCACUAUGAGAGAAGAGGUUGGAAACCUCAAUAUCUUGCAAGACAAUGAUUUUGGUGACUUUGGUAUGGAUGACCGAGAGAUGAUGCGUGAAGGCAGUGCGUUUGAAGAUGACAUGUUGGUCAGUACCAGCGCCUCCAAUCUGUUACUGGAGCCAGAACAGCCCGAAGCACCUCUGGUCGAGAAGAGCAACCACUUGGAAUAUGAUGACCAGUACAAAGAUGACAACUUCGGGGAUGGAAAUGACGGAGGAAUAUUGGAUGACAAGCUUAUAAGUGAUGGUGGCGGGGGUAUCUUUGAUGACCCACCCACGCUUCCGGAAGAAGGUAUCGCACUGCCUGAACAGCCCCCACAUGAUGACGAUCUGGACGAUGAUGAUAAUGUAUCCCUUGGUGGGGCAGACAGCCCUGAUUCUGUGGAUCCUGUGGAGCCUCUGCCAACUAUGACUGAUCAGACUACCUUGGUCCCGAAUGAGGAGGAGGCUUUUGCUCUGGAGCCAAUUGAUAUCACAGUCAAGGAAACUAAGGCCAAGAGGAAGAGAAAGCUGAUUGUGGACAGUGUGAAGGAGUUGGACAGCAAAACCAUUCGUGCCCAGCUGAGCGACUACUCUGAUAUUGUAACAACACUGGACCUGGCACCUCCAACCAAGAAACUGAUGAUGUGGAAAGAGACGGGAGGUGUGGAAAAACUUUUCUCCCUUCCUGCUCAGCCCUUGUGGAACCCUAGACUCCUGAAGCUGUUUACACGUUGCCUCACACCUCUGGUAGCUGAUGAGCUCCGAAAGAGGAAAAAGGGUGGAGAAGCUGAUAAUUUGGAUGAGUUCCUGAAGGAAUUUGAGAAUCCGGAAGUUCCAAGAGAGGAAAUGAGACAACAGGAAGUUAUUGACCAACCCAUAUUGGAAGAAGCCAGUAGAUUGCAGGAGUCUAUGAUAGAGGGAAGCAGAUCUCAGCUGGAUGAAACCAUAAUGCCACCACCACCAACUCCUCAGCCACUGCCGCUGCCACAGCAACAGCAGCAAGGUGUGAAGCGUGACUCUCAACAGAUGGAACCAGAGCCAUUGAUUCCUCAAGAACCAGAGCCUCAGAUAGAGAUGCCACCUGUGGAACUUCCACCAGAGGAACCUCAGACUCUCAGUGAGCUAAUCCCAGAGCUCAAUCUUCUACCAGAGAAGGAAAAAGACAAGGAGGAUGAGGAGGAGGAGGAGGAAGAUACCACGGGGACUGAGCAGGACCAGGAAGAGAGAAGGUGGAACAAGAGGACUCAACAGAUGCUACACGGUCUUCAGAGAGUCUUGGCCAAAACGGGCGCUGAAUCCAUUAGUUUGAUUGACCUGUGCCGAAAUACAAACCGCAAGCAAGCCGCAGCAAAAUUCUACAGUUUCCUGGUCCUUAAAAAGCAACAAGCGAUUGAGCUGACACAGGAGGAACCAUACAGUGACAUCAUUGCCACACCAGGCCCAAGGUUUCACGUGGUCUGACUUGCUUCUCCAAGCCUAAGCAAGUGACCUCACCACAUUAUGAACCUCUAUGCUGGAUCUUGCAUGGCAGAGCCGUGUACUAGAGGCUUAUCACAACACCAAGCUGGUCAAAAACCAUGUCAUGCUGGUCCAUCUCCCUACUGGUGUUUUUAUUGGGCAUGGUUAUUUUAAUAUAUGUACAAAGUUUGUUCCCUUUUAUUUUAUUUUUUUUUCUUUAAAUGUAACUCCUAUAUGUUUUAUGGGUUAUAAAUGUGGAUUUGGGGUGGGAGGAUGACUUUUUUUUAUUUUUCCCCUCUCCAACCAACUCAUUACAACAUUUCUGGAGUAAAAGAAUAGAGUGAGACUAUCAGGCAGUUAUGUGCAGCAUGUUCCCAAAUGUUAUAUAGCCACCACCUGUAGCCAGGAUUAGGUUCCUGCACUGAAGUGAGUUGCAUUUGCCAGCGGCAGUGUUCAACCUUUCACUGCUAGAUCCUGGAAGGUUCAAGGAACCCGUCGGAGAAACCUUUGGUUUGCCAGGCUGAGCUUUUUCUUCAAAAUGUACUAGUCAUCUGGUUGUCAUGGUUACCAUUUUCCUGCAAUUGAGGUUGACCAUGAAACAAGUAAGCUGAAAAAGAUUUCUUACAAAGAUUUAUCUGGAUGCUUGUUCAGGUCAGUAACCAAUUCGCAUUGAAAAGAAGUUGCCAGGCAACUUGCAUUUUAAGAAAGUAAAUAAUGACAGCCUUUCCUAUAUUACAUAUGGGUACAAGUUCUCCUGUGCUUUAGGUACCCAGAUCUCAUUUCUCUUCUGGAUUUCUCGGCAAUUUCCUUUGAUUAGUGCAGCAGGAAGUUGGAGAGUAGUGAGAGAUUCAGCCAUCAGUGUCUGUAACUGAAAUAUCGGAUUUUAAAAAUCAAGACUUGUUUUCUUUGCUCCAGUUUGCAGCUAAAUUAUUGAUCUACCAUGCGUUGAAUAAUUUGAGAAUUCCCUUUUUACCAUGUACACAGCUUAGCACAAGACAAAGUAAGAAUAGUUCUAAAUGCCUCCUUUUCUAUAAGAUUCAUAUGUAGAAUAGAGUGUAAUGUAAAGCAAAAAAUAAAUCAGGAUUUGGCUAGAAAAGUCAGAUUUACAUUUCGCCAGUGUUGGCCUUCACUGUCUUGGAUAACCAAAUUGCAAAUGUGUGAGGUUUACCCCUACACUACACAAUCAUUGAGUUCAUAUCCUUUCUGUAACAUUUAUAAACCAUGCCGAAUUGGGGUGGAAAUGGUUUUGUGGACUUUUAAGGAUGGCUGCAAGUUUCUAGAUUGAGUGCUUUGUCUGCAGAUGUCAGGGGUGACUAGGUGCUCGGCUUCCUCUGCAUGCAACUAAAUCGUUUUUAAGUCCGUUGACUUUGCAUACGUGCAGCCCGUCUACCGGAAGUCUGGAGUUUAGGCUUACAGAAUGGUUUCUUGCACCAUGUGUGCACAGCAGGUACAGAUAAGUCUCUGACUACUAAGCAAGCAUCUGUGGUCCAGAUUGAGGGUUCUUUUUACAUUGGCUUUUAUUCUGCUUUUUGUAGUCGUAAAUGUAAAAUAUUUCUGUAAAUACACAUUUUAGUAUUUUAUGGCAUUAAAAGAAAUUUAAAUAAUAAAA